AUGACGUCAGAGAUGCAAAGUGCAACAACCAGCACAGCCGACAUGAGCGACAGUUUCAACUCUGGACGAGUUCAUCUCAAUCUUGUCAGAGAUUCAUUUGUUUGGCAGUUGAGAGCUGCGAAACCUAUUGCCAAAGACACGAUCAUUAUGCCGCUCUACGGUCAAAUUGUUGACCAGUCAGUGGCCAAGGAUUCGCUUUUCACUGAGACUGAAGCAGUCGCAUUCGCUUCAUUCAUUGCUCUUCCAGAUGGCAAGUGCCUUGAUCGACGUCUUGUCUGGGAUCUUAGCCGGUUCAUUACCCAUUCGGUAUGUUUAGUUGCUUGUAGUUCUCGUUAA